ACAACUUCGAAGGUAUCAAAAGAUGGGAAUAACUAGUUGUUACAUUUCCCACUCUUUGGCCCCCACACUCGAUCGCAUUUUCCAUUCUGGAGCGACCCCUGAAAAGCCAUCUUCGCCCCUUAUGCGCCUCCGAGUAUAAAUAGCGCGACGACGCACCGAAGAGUCAUCAUUUCGCAGACACAAUCAUCUCCGGUCAACAUGAUCUGCAAGGUUGCUCUCCUGGUCGCCCUGGCCGGCGUUGCCCAUGCUGGCGUCAUCGCUCCCGCCAUCUACAGCCACGCUCCCGCCGUCUACAGCCACGCUCCUUACGUCGCGCACGCUCCCGUUGCCUAUGCCGCCCCAGUUGCCUACGCCGCCCCGAUCGCCAAAGUCGCUGCCAAGGCGGAGUCCAACGACUUCGACGCACAUCCGCAGUACAGCUUCUCUUACUCCGUGAGUGACGCGGUGACCGGCGACAACAAGGAGCAGCACGAGAGCCGCGACGGUGACGUCGUCCAGGGCUCCUACUCGCUGGUCGAGCCUGACGGCAGCCGCCGCGUUGUCGACUACACCGCCGACCCUGUCAACGGAUUCAACGCCGUGGUCAACAAGGAGCCGGCCAAGGCGGUCGUUGCCACCCCUGUGGUAGCCAAGGUUGCCACCCCCGUCACCUACGCCAAGGUAGCAGCCCCCGUCGCCUACGCUAAGCUUGCCACCCCCGUCGCCUACCACGCACCACUGGCUUACCACGCGCCGGUAGCUUACCACGCGCCGACCGUCGUGGCCCAUGCGCCCGUCGUCGCGCACGCUCCCUACUACGCCUAAUAACCCCGAAGCAACCCCCAAGACCGCAACUCAGCAGGAAUGAUCACCGGAAGAAGAACGCGCGCAUUUUUUGUUUUACACUUUUCUUGCGACGACUUUUUAGUAGAGUAUAAUUUAUUUAGCAUAAAUUUAUACUGUAGAUAACUUGAAGAAAAUGUAAAAUAAAUAUGUUAUGAAUAUUAUAUUAUAUAUGUUUAAUCUAUAAUAUCAUCAAUAAAAGAGUCAAUAUUGCAAACUGCCAAAAAGCAA